AUGUCUUCAUUAAAAGACCUCUUGGAGUCUGUAUCGCAGGAAGAGCAAUUGCAAAGACAACUUUUGGUUGUUGGUGGAGAGGCAGUGGACCAUGUUCAGUUUCUGAAUGCUUUUGGAGUCAGAGACGUCAGUGUCAUACCGUACGGAUUUCAUUUUGCAGAACGCGCAGAUCUUCAGCUGUCGUUCCACUCUUUUGCCGGCGAAUAUGGUACAGUGUACCAGCCAGUGCUUGACAAACUUGUCCCUCAAUUGCUUGUUGUCUAUCUUCUGGAUGCGUUGGUUCUACUGAAGGAGGAACCGACACAAGAAACCAUUCUCGAGCGUGUUUCUACAUCUCUGAAACCGUGGAUGAAUGCAUGCUCUAAGGCUCCUGGAUGCUGUAUAUUGGUUCAGAAUGUCUCUCGUGUUGAUUACAGCGUCAAAAGCGUUACAAUGAUUGAUUAUCUACAGCAACUAGUGCGACUGAUCAUGAUGGAUCAAAAUGGCUCUGUGCUGUUCUUUCAGGACACCGAUACACCUGAGGACAUCAUCAGGCUUUUGAAAGGCUCGGCUGAACUACGGAUGAAAGACUAUGACAACGUGUUCGUGCCCAGUGGAAGUGACAGCUACGGGAAGAUCAAGGUGCUGAAUGAGGAUUUUGCAUGUGAGGAAACGCUCCAGAAAUGGCACAGCAUGGACACGAUUGCUAGAGAAGCAACCACCAAUGCAACAUCGGCCAAUUCAGAGAACCUGAGGCAAAAGUAUCAGGACUUCCUUAGACAGAUCCAUUUGGCUGUGUAA